AGUUCACAUAAUUUCGUUUUGGUGAACAUCGACUAUUACAAGUGUGCCUCAAUUACAACUAAAAUUGUUGAACCGUUCACAUUUUUUAACAUAACUUUUGGUAAACUGUAAAACUAUGAGAAAUAGAAGCACGUCAAUGUGAUUUUAUGUAAAUUACUUGUUUGUGCAAAACAAAUAUACACUCAAAUUAAAAACUACGAAAUAUUUGACAGUGCAAAUUGUUAAGAACGAAAAAGUAGAACUGUUUUUGAAAAGUAAUGACAUUGUAAACUUGACGUCAUAUAUUUUCAAAUAUUAAUAGCACAUAUAUAAGACUUGCUUAUUAUUUUGAAUUAUACUUACUAUUAUCGUUUUACAUUUUUACCUAAUUGAAAUAAUUAACGGUGCUCUUACACUAACCAUAAGCUAUAAAAAGAUCUACCGAGUUACAUACACAUACACACACUCACACAUCACUUUUAUAUAAGUUUUCGUUUAUGUAUAAAUCAAACUUUUAUAAUAACAAAAACAUCUUGCAAUAAUCAUUUUUCUCAUUACAUUCCACACAAAAACAUGUCGCACAAUGUUUCACUACUUAUGCGGUGUUUCUCGCUUAUUUUUCUUUUCGGCGAAUAUUUAUUUUUAAGUUAUAUAAUUUCGCGUAAAUGAAAGAAUAGUAAUUUAUAUAAAAAUAGAAUUUGUUGGAAACUGGACGUGUAUUUGUAAAAAUUAUGAAUAAAAGAACUUAUAACUGUAGCGUGUGUAUCACAUGAGUUUCGAUCGCAAACUGAACUCAUUCUCUCAUACAAGAUCGACUGCUCCACAUACUUGACUUCCUACUCUCGUCACCUCAUUCUUUAAACAAAAAUGAGCUAACGUGGUUACAUGAAACGCGAGCGUGAUCGCGAUUUCCAGCAAUCACAUGAUUUUAGAUUUCUCUCAUUCGUAGUUAAAAAAAUAUAUCGAAGGUAUUAUAAUAUCAAGAAGCACUUUAGCUAAUUAUUUAACUUUUAAACGCACACUGUCGCAAAUUAGAAACAUUAAAAGUAAUAGGCAAGAAAAGGCACGCGACACUUGAUAUUAAAAGUUACGUGGACUUGAUCAUAACUCUGUUUAUUUUUCUGUAGAACGAUACAUUUUUAAUUCGUAACGAAGAAUCACGGCUUUGCCGAUUCGUCCGUUGGCUCUCGCAAUCACACGUUCGCCGCGUUCAGGCUCAGUGCGCGCGUACGCACUCGCACGCCGAUUUUCUCUGUGCGAGCUGAUUGGUGGAGCCAGGGGAUGCCGACGACUAUGGAGGAAGCGAGACGGUGAACGCACGGAGAGCGAUGUGAGCGGCCCGAAGAAAAAGAAAUUUAAAGGGCAGUCGGAGCUGGGUUGUUGGAUCGGGCGCGUCGCCGAUUUUCCGUUUUGUUUUCGGGCGCGGCCUCGCCGGGUUUAUUGCUUGUCGAGGAUACACGUCAGGUGCGCGGGACGUGUUCAUUGGAUUUGUUCUCGUUAGAGGCUAGAUCGUCCUCAACCAGUAAGGUCCCAGUGAGGAUCCGCGUUGACGACGCACGCGACCCUGUCCCCAAGCGGUAGCAGCAACGGCCAACGGCAGGACGAAUGCAGGAAGCAGCAGUAACACCGACGAGUGGUAGCAGCGACGGUCGGCAGCAGUAGAGGUCACAGUCAACCGGUAAAUACAGCUGCUUUACGUACGUGGAAGGUCAAAACACAGCCAAGGAUGAUUCAUUCCCGGCUAUAUUAAAGUCACUACAGCCCAACAGCACUAGAGACCUCUAAUCUCCUGAGCUAUAUGUGCCGCUAUUACAGCCGGGGAGUUCCUUGUGUACGGGACCUAUUUACCGAAUAAGUGUGUGGCGUACACGAGAGGCAAUAUAGAGCUACAAUAUAGGCUGUUGGAGAUUCAGCAAGUGCUAUGCGAAGCCCUCGAGUAUAAUCAACAAGGAGCAAGAGCAAAGUGAAUCAGAAGCCUGUUUGGAAGAAGAAGAUUAAAAAGAAGGCGGUAGACAGUGACUCUUGGAGUUAAUGAACUGACUGACUCUCUGCCUGAUACGAGGAUUACAUCAUUGCUUGAGCGACCAUGAUGAAGUUCAAAUCCCUGUUUAGAAGGGGACAGCAAAGUCACUCUUCUCAUCAGAAGCAACAUCGUCAAAGGUCAAACCAUCAGCAACAAGUGGCACCUCCACCAAAUCAGCAAGCUUCUGCUUCAGAAGUUAAAUCCAGAAGGGCCAGCAAUGACUGGAUGCUGUCCUCUUCUGCUUCUUUGGGAUAUAGGGAUUCUAGAAAUAAUGGACCACAUCCUGCUCACAGCAAUAUGCAGUCAAAUUUACAAGCGUCAAAUUCGUCGAGCGCCCUAACCACCGCGUCGUCCAAGCACUCGAGCAGUUCGAGGCCGUCGACGGCGACGACGACAACGGCAAUGGUGGCGCCACAAGGUGUGGACUAUCGCAGCCGAUUGGAAGACCUGGAGCGCGAAAACGAUCACUUGAGGAAGGAGCGCGCACGCGUGGAGGCUAGUUACAGGAACGCCGACACGAGACGUUACGAGGAGGUCCUCAACGAGAUUGCGCGACUCAAGGAACAGCAUAGCUUAGAACUGGAGCGACUUGCCAAAGAGAAUGAGGCCUUACGUAGCAGACUGCGAGAUGUUGUGCAUUCACCACUAUCUGACUCGGAGAAGCAGCAGCUCCUAGAUGCAUCUCGACUGCACAAUUCAGCGCCAGCUUCCAUUGCAGUGCUGCAAGAGGAUAGCUGCGCUGGUUCUGGUAAUAUGACACAGGAAAAUGCCAGGAGCACAACACCCGACUGGGAUAAGAGGUCAUCUAGCUCUGAAGUGUCAGUUGCCUGCUUACAGGACAGAAUUUUACAAAUGGAGGAGACACAUUACUCCACUAAUGAAGAGCUGCAAGCCACUAUUCAAGAACUCAGUGAUCUACAGGCUCAACUGUCAGAACUUCAAGCUGACAAUGACAGGCUUGCUGAGGAAAAAGGUGUACUGUUAGAGUCUCUCUGCAGGCAAACUGAGAAACUAGAAGACUCCCGCUCAAAGGUUGACACUCUGCAGGGACUAUUGCUUAGAGAUGAGCAGCCACAAGAAUCCAAAGGCUACAACACUGAGCGGGAACAGAAACUAGUUGAUCUGUUGAAGAGUGCUCAAGAGGAACGAGAAAGUCUCUUGCGAAAGCAAGAAGAACUAACGUCCGAGUUGAAAGCUCUUCGAGCAACAGCAGAUGCCGGUUCGAUCGAGAUCGAACGUUUGACGAAGCGCGUGCACUUCCUGGAAUCAACGAUCGACGCGGCAAAUGUCGAACGUAAAUUGCUUGAUCUUGAGCUCGCCGAAUCGAAGCAGGAAGGAGCAAAUCGAAGCAUUGAAAUUAGUAGGCUAGCCACUCUCUUGGAGAAUGCUCGCGCGAAAAUUGAGGAACUUGAACAGUCAAGGCAGCUCGAAAGUAAAAGCGAAGCGGACGAAAUGCUCGAUGCCGCGAGGAGAGAAAAAGACAUGCUCGAGACACAAGCUGCUGCCUUGCAAGAGCAAUUAGCUAGAUCACACUGUGAUCACGACAGACUGAGGGAUCAAUAUUCGCAGCUUCAAGAGGAGUUUAAGGUGGCACGGAAUAAUGCAAAGUCCGCGAUGGAGGACCUCGAGUAUCGUCUGAGCCAACUAAAAGAGGAACGCGUGUCCGUGAACGCUGAACUCCAGUUAGUUCGCGACUCCCUUGCUGAGUUACAAUCACAAUGUCAGCGUCACCUUGAGGAUAAACGCGAGAUGAAAGCGGUCCUGAGUGAGUUGCAACGUCGUGAACGCGAAGCUCAAUCGCGCCAGUAUGAACUCGAAGUCGCACUGGCUGAAGAACGUAAACUUCGCCAGGAAGAGAAUGCCGAGUGGCAACAGUUCCAGACUGAUCUACUCAUGACUGUGCGAGUGGCCAAUGAUUUCAAAACUGAGGCUCAGAGCGAGCUCGAGAGAGUGGUCUUGGAAAACAAAACGCAAAGGGACAAGCUCAGGGCGCUUGAGGCUCAACUGGAUAAGCUUAAUAAUAUUAAUAAAGAAGCUCAAAAGCCGAGGAACGCCGUAUUAAAGCGUGGACGUACUAUUGUUAAAAAGCGUGAACCAAAGAAACUUAUUGUGAAAAGUGAUGUGCCAAAGACAAAGGGUAUUUCGCAAAGUCAAUUAGCAAAGACAAAGAGUAUUUUAAAGAAUCGUGCUAACAGCGACCAAGGCAAUAGUGUUUGGUUUGAUAUUAGUGAAACCAACAACGUACGUUUAGAUACUUCCGCUGAAUUAAGUAGUGUUAGAUCAAAAGUCGACGAUGAUAAAGAAAUUUGUAUCAUUUUUUCAUCCGACGACAACAAAACCUCAUCUACGAAAGACAAACAAUCACCAAAGAGCACAGCUUCACCGCCUAAACUCCAUAAUGAGCAAAGUCAUAGUACUGAAGAUAUUAAAGAUUAUUCGAACGAAGACAAAAAGUCCAAAUCACUGGACAAGAAUCUCAGGCAAACACCUGUUGUCGUUGUUGCAGACUCAAAGCCGCCGCAAAGUGAUUUGUUAGAUAAAAUAACGGGUAUGCAAAAUACAGGCGAAAACAUGUAUACCAUCAAUGUUUCGAACAGUCGGUUUUUCGUGCCCACCGAUUACUUGAUUGCCAAGUGCGACAACGCAAUGUCUGAUCUAACUUUUAAAGUUGAUCCAGAAAUGCCGAAAGCUUUGCGAAAGAGUCUAGAGGACAAAGAUAAAAAUACAAAUGAUGUUAUUGAUAGUUCAAAAACAAUUGAACUAUCGGAUAACAAUUUGAAUAACUUUGUCACAAAAUUAGAGCCUAAGUUGAGCUUGCCCAAAGUGCAAAAAUUAGACGUCGACACGAUUAUCGACGAGCAAGAUUUUAGUACGGUCAAAUUGAGAAGAACAUUGCGAAAUAAUAGAGUUGCAAAGAACGAAUUAGUUAACGAGGAUAAGACAUUCAAAAGUACUCACAUCGAUGUCGUAUUGAGAAGGCCAUUAAAAAUCGAAUCCGACACGAAAGACGUAACGCCGAACAAAAUCAAGAGGCCUCUAACAGAAGGUCUCCAAUCGUCGAGAUCGAAUUUCCUUAGAAACUCAAUACAUGAAACUCACCCGGCUAAUAUAUCUUAUAACAGGCACACGUUCGCCGCCGCGCGCAACUCCAUGGAUAUGACGUCGAGCGCGACGACGAGGUUCCCGACGACGCCCACAUUGGUGCCAGCGAUGUGUCAGAAAUUCGAAGACUUGCCCUCGCUAAGAUUCAAAGAGGACUCUACGUCCAUGAGGCUAAACAAUCGUCACCGUUAUGCUGGCAAUUUCGACGAUGUCGUCAGUAUCAAACCGAAACCCAUGCCACGACGUUUGAUUGGUUCAACGCAAAAGAAUACGCCUCCAACGCCAAGGAUAGCGACGACGCCGACUGAAACUCAGCAAUCCGUCAUCACGAGUGUACAAAACGAAAUGGCAGCUCGACGUAAAGCAAAUAUCACACGACAAGAUUCAAGACUGUCCGUCAAAUGUUUAAUCGAGAGCAUCGAAAACGCUACAAAACAGGCUAAAGCUGGCCCUGGAAGUCGUAGCAGCUCUACGUCAUCACUCAAUUCAAUUGGUGCAAAUGAAGUGAUAUCUCUGAAAGCUCCGCUCCGAGAUCAACAGAUUAAUAAUCUCAUUUGCACAACAAACACAACAAACAACAAUAAUAAAACUCAGUCUACAAACACUAAAAAACCAUUCAUUGCAGAAACAAAAGAUAAAGUACCGAGUGUCUUGACUUCUGGUCAAUUACUUGACGCAACAGCCUUGAAUGCCAAAACUAUCGACUUCGUAAGACGCAGUAGUGUGACAGAUUUGUCUGAUCGUAAAGAUCCUCUCUGUGGUCUCGUUAAGAAUGGUGGUUCUAGGCGUAACGCACUACUUAAGUGGUGCCAGAAUAAAACCAUUGGCUACCGAAAUAUCGACAUCACUAACUUCAGCAGCUCGUGGAACGACGGUCUCGCGCUCUGUGCCAUCAUGCAUACUUAUCUGCCAGAUAAGAUUCCUUAUGAUUCGCUCACGCCUAACGAGAAGAGAAGAAAUUUCUCACUGGCUUUCUCAGCUGCUGAAAGUGUUGGCAUAUCAACUACUUUGAAUAUUAACGAUAUGUGUCAGCUUGAGCGACCCGACUGGCAGCAGGUCAUGACCUACGUGACGAGUAUCUACAAGCACUUCGAGACCUGAAUGAAGAACAGCCGUUGAUUAAUGAAGAUAAAUAAUACUUGCAAAGCUCGCUAUGUAUUGUUACUAUACUUCUCUUUCUUUGUUUUGUUGUAACAUACUUGACAACGAGGAAAAGCAACAUCAUCUAGUCAACUGAAUACCAGGGGAAAGAUAUUUUCUUACUUCUGCGUUAUGAAAUGAAAAGCAGCUUCCUCAAGUCCUCGAAAAAAAUAAUGAAAAAAAAGUACUAUGUAACGAUUGUUUUCGCAGAUCGAUACGCAACCGGGCUUGCAUCAUGUUUUCGUCGGAGAUACUAGAAAUACAAGUAAAAAAGAUCGAAUCGCGAGCCCACCCCUAUUUUUUAUAUUAUUUUGCAGAGAUACUUCAUUUGACGCUUGAUAAUAAUUACGAACGUGAAUGCAGGGCGUGGCGACGUAUGAUUCCUUCAAUUAACAUUAUGAGACUGAAAAAAAAUAUUCGUACAGUAUAUGUUUUUAUAUAUAUAAAUGUUGUGAAGUUGAAAGUAAUUGCAUCGCAUGUGAACAAAUUACAUGAAUACAACUAAGCGAUUAGGCAUAGUUUGUGAGUCACGUAUAUUAUAUUAUAUAUAGAUGCUCUUUUUAUAAAAUUGCCGAACCUAGAAUUAACCGCUAGCAAGUGAAUUGAUAUAACGAAGAGUUGUGAAAAAGUGUCGCAUGUAUGUCAACAUACCAUAAGUAUUUUUUUAUUAUUACUUGUAUUAUAUAUUUUUUCGAAGUGUUAUUUUUUUCUUUACUUAAGUCUCAUACGCAUACACUAUAAAAUUUGUACAGGCGAAAAAGGACUACCUGCGUGAUAGUGAGGGAGAGCGCAUUUAACUAUAAGAAAAUCCUAAUUUAUUGUAUCGAUAACUAAAUAAGAUGAAAAAAAUGGAAGCAGCGGCUUAAGCUAAGUUCUCUGUGAUAUAGCAAUGAUAGUCCCAGAAGCAGAGAUACACACGCGUUUAUGAUUAUUAUUCGCAUUGAUUAAUUUUUCACUCACACUAUACGUGCGUUUAGCAUCUCUCACAUCUUGUUGCAGCUUCGCCCUGGCGGCGUAGAAAUUAAAAAAGGUUCAUCAUGCUCUCAAUUAUUUACGAAAAAAACUUUACGAAACUUUAUUAUUCCUAAUUGAUAACGUGACAUUGUAAUGUUAUAUUAUUGUCGUUCUGCUUUUUAAAAAUUGUUUUAAUUUCCUAGGGAGACUGUCGCCUUAAUUAUUCAAAAUUUCAUUUAUAUCAAUGAAUAGCAAUUUUCACGCUAGAACAUUAUUAUGUUUGAACAAGAAGAAUCGUUUUUAUGAAACUUGCUGUAAAAUAAGAAUUCUCUACAACUUUUUAUUGUAAUAAUGCAGAAAAUUGUUAAAAAUUUUAUUGAUUUGUUUUUGAAAACAUUUUAAGGUGCUGUUUUUUAUAUACACAUCUGUCCGUUAUAGUAACAAAACAUAAAUAAAUAAAAUAUGAAUAAGACUAUUCGAAUAGAAAUAUUUUAUAUCGUCCAGAAACUUUUUAUGAAAGUCGUCAAUAAACAUUUUUACUACUUAACAAUGACGUCCAAAAGUACGUUUCUCUAUAAUUAAUCUCUUACAUAUUUUGCUAUUAAGGCGAGAGUACGCUAAAAAUGCGCUUUCAUAUAUCUGUAUUUUCAUAUAAAUAUUCUUGAAAGAUAUAUGUGCGAAAUGUGAAUUUGACAAUGAAUUAAAG